ACCAUUGUCACUCCAGUACAUGUGUAGCAUCGUGUCAUGUCCUGUCGUGUCCUUCCAGACAACUCUUUGACUGCCCAUUCCCGAGGUUUUAGCUGCUAACAGUGGUAAAUACCGGCAACCCCACAAAGCUUAACUUCAACCACAACCACCGUAUACGACGGAGGAACAAACCGGGAACGGCCCAAUCAACCAAUGGGUUCAAAAAUUUCAUCCCCCUUUAUUGAAUAAGAAAAGAAAGAGAAGUAAUUGUUUUUCUUCUUUAAAUUUAAGAUCCACACACCUCGAUAACGAUGUUUCAUCAACUUCGAAUUAAUUACCAUAUUGUCCUCCAUUUCCUCACGGAAUCCCAACACUGGCUAGCAAAAUAAUUUAAUUCCAACCCGAUAUUCAAUCGGAAGGGAAAUUGCGCCAUAACCCCCUAAAAAGGGGCAGAGGAAGCUGUUUUGGCGUUGAUUUUGGUUGAUUAAGCCGAUUUUGUUGAUGGGUUCUUGUCAUUCGUCUCCUAAAAGGCGGCAGAGCAGAGGUGGGGUUUAUUCUGCCGCCGCAGCGCCGGGAGAGGCUCCGACUGUUUCUACAACAGAGUCAUUUUCUUCUUCUUCUUCUUCUUCUUCUUCAUUUUUGUACUCGACGAAGCCGCGUUGGUGGAAGAAGAAUUCGACUAAAACUUUUGGGGUUGCUGUUUGUUCAGAGAAGGUCCAUGAAUUCGAGGUUCCGGGGAGGAUUUGUUCAAAUGGGUCAUCGAGAAUUGCUUGUUUGUAUACGCAGCAGGGGAAGAAAGGGGUUAAUCAAGACGCCAUGAUUGUGCAGGAGAAUUUCAGUUCAAAAAGAGAUACAGUAUUUUGUGGGGUAUUUGAUGGACACGGUCCUUUUGGACAUAUGGUUGCGAAAAAAGUUCGUGAUACCCUCCCUCUAAUCCUCUGUACACAAUGGACAUCUAAAUCAAAUGAAGAUCAAAGCAACCUCUUUAAAACGAGACAUUCCCGAAGUUCAAAUUCUGAAGAUUCUGUUGCUCUAGAUGGAGAUGAAGAUUCUUACAAGUCAUUGGAGGGCGAAGAAAAUGAAAAAUUCCCCAAGAUGUUUCUACCACUCAAAGUAUCUCUACUGAAGUCCUUCAAAUUGAUGGAUAAAGAGUUGAAACUGCAUCCCAAAAUUGAUUGUUUUUGCAGUGGAUCUACGGCUGUGACUCUAAUAAAGCAGGGUCAGAACCUCAUACUUGGAAAUGUUGGUGACUCGAGAGCAGUGCUGGCUACAAUAGAUGAAGAUAACUCUUUGAUUCCAAUUCAAUUAACGGUGGACUUGAAACCUGACCUUCCUGGUGAAGCUGCUAGGAUCCAGCAAUGCAAAGGAAGGGUCUUUGCUUUGCAGGAUGAGCCCGAGGUUGCACGAGUCUGGUUGCCAAAUAACGAUUCGCCUGGUUUGGCGAUGGCAAGAGCUUUUGGAGACUUUUGUCUGAAGGAUUUCGGUCUUAUUUCUGUUCCCGAUGUUUAUUAUCGUCACCUUACCGCAAGAGAUCAGUUUGUAAUUCUUGCCACUGACGGGUUUUCUAUUUGUAUGGAGGAAGGGUGCGUUUUCUUCUCACUAGGUUUGGGACGUUCUUUCAAAUAAAGAAGCUAUCGAGAUUGUUGCAUCAGCCCCUUCUCGCGAAACAGCAGCCAGAGCUCUUGUGGACUGCGCCGUUCGUGCAUGGAGACUGAAAUAUCCUACAUCCAAGAAUGACGAUUGCGCUGUUGUAUGUCUCUUUCUCGAGUAUGAGCCUGAAGUAGAAGAAAACACGGAAACUUGUGUAAUGCCAGUGGAAGAAGUUCUGGUCGCACCAAGCAACGACGCAAAAGACAUCGAAGUUGAUUUAGAUGAUCGUAGAACAACUGUUGUCGAGCAGUCAGGCACUGUACAAAGCUGUAAUGAGAUUGUACCUGUCUCCGACUCAACGGAUGAGAAAGUUGUUGCUGGAGGUCGAAACCGGUCAAAGAGAAGCUUAGCUGAGUGCAUUUCAAAUGAAGAGGAGGAAUGGUCUGCAUUGGAGGGUAUUACCAGAGUGAAUAGUUUGCUAAGCCUUCCAAGGUUCCUUUCUGGUGACAAAAGAUCAGGCAGUUGGAGAAAAUGGCUAUGAAGUUUCUCUUUUUCAAGUGCCAUUUUUAUUGUUUGUCAGUUUGGAGGCAGAAAGUUCCUAUUUCUUGUGGAUAUAAAUAUCUUCAUUUUCAAUGCUCUGAUCUUGCAAAUAAAAGAAAAUUUGUAUUGGUAAUUAUUUCUCUUGUAUUUGGAAAAAGAUAUACGUAGUGUUGUUUAUAAUCUCAAUUAUAUUAAGCAUAACAAAAAAAGACGAUUGUAUAUCUUAGAGUUAGAGAUAUGGUUUGGUCUUUCUAAUUUUAUUUAUAUGAUGUCUUGAACUCCUAUCUUUAAUCUUAAAUCUAAUUUCUGA